UACAGAACGGCUAAGUCAUAAGGUCAUAGAUUAUGCGGAUAUAAACAUCAAGCAUCCAGCAGAAGACAAUGUCGGCUCUUUCGGUGUUUCUGGACACCCCCACUGCAAUUCCCGGCGAAAAUGGCAAACUUCGUGCUGCUUUUGGGAUGGACAGACAGCCCGGAAAGGUGUUCCUCUGGGGCGACGAGUACCUGGGAGAAGAUGGGGAGUGUUUUGUGCACCCUGUGAUUAGAAAAGUCAUUCUGCAGGUGGUGAACGAUCCUACCAUGACAACAAGAUAUUUGCCCCCUUUGGGGCUUUCAGAAUUCACAAGGAGUGCAACAGAGUUGGCGCUGGGCAAGGGUAGUCCGGCUAUUGUGCAAAAUCGGACAGGGGGAGUGCAAACUCUUGGUGGGAUUGGUGCCGUUCGUGUAGGGGCCGAACUGUUAAAGCAUUGGUACAAUGAAGGUGGCUCCCGGCCUUGGGUUGUCUAUGUUCCUGCUCAGUGUGAUGAAGCUGUGGUGAGCACACUACAAGAGACAAAGAUAAAGGAUAUUCAUUCCUACCCUUACUGGGACCCAGAGAAGCGGUGUCUGGCACUUGAGGAGAUGUUGCAUUUCUUGGAGUCAGUACCAGAACAAUCCAUAAUUGUGUUGUACACCUCUGCGCACUGCCCCACUGGAGCCGAUCCUACACUGGAUCAGUGGAAACAGAUUGCUGAUGUCAUGAUGAGGCACAGGCUAUUCCCUUUCUUUCUCCUGCCGUCUCAAGGUCUUUGCUCAGGAGACCCCAAUGAAGAUGCAGCCUCACUGCGCUACUUUGUUUCUGUCGGUUUCGAGCUUAUCUGUGCGCAAUCUUUCUCUCAGAAUUUUGGACUUUAUAAUGAACGGGUUGGAAAUCUUAUUUUGGUGCUCAAGGACAGUCCCACCUUUUUGUCUGUUCAAUCCCAGGCUGAGAAGGUUGUCCAAACAUUGUGGUUUCGUCCCCCAUGUUGGGGGGCAAGGCUGGUCACUAUCAUACUUAAUAAUCCUGCCCUUGUGGUAGAAUGGAAAGAGGGGUUGCGAGCAAUAGCAGAGCGGACAAUGUUAAUGCGUGAAAUGUUGAAGGAGAAACUAAGGAUGCUGAGCAUUCCUGGCUCUUGGGACCACCUUUCCCAACAGUCUGGGCUGUAUUGCUGCACAGGACUAAGGGAUGAUGAAGUGGAGUUCUUGGUGAGGAAGCAGCAUGUCUACCUGCCAUCCAGUGGGAAUAUAAACAUCUCCACUCUCAACCAUCAGAUUGUGGACUAUGUAGCAGAGACAAUAUAUCUUGCUGUGACAAAGGAAGAUCCGUUUCACAAACCAUCAACUAUUCACUUGUAAAGCUGCAUUCAGUCACCAGGCCAGAAGAACACUCAGAACCUCACCA